GAGAGAUGAGGGCGGCUGCGGGCGGGCUAGGCCGUGCAGGGAGUCCGAUUGCCGGCCGCGGGGACCGAGGCUUCGGCAGAUGAGGGAGCGGGAAGAGCCGGAGGAGCCGGAGGAGGACUCUCAGGCCUGGGCUGCUGGCCGGGGCCUGAUGGCAGCUGUCUAGCCAGCCGCGUCCGGUCCAGCCCCAUGGCAGUCCCGCCUUUCCCCGCCUCGUUGGACCUUCCGAGGGCUCCAGUCUUUCCUGCGCGGGCAGCGCAGCGGCCGCGGCCGCUUCUCCUCUGACUCGGCCGCGCGUGAUUUUUUCACACGGGGAAGAUAAACAGAUAAUACAAGAAAUAUCUUAUUUUGCAAGAUAAAUUGGUGUUAAAGAAGAAACAAAAGGAAACGUCCUCAAUGUUUGGGCUGCUUUCAUUCCUCAUCUCCUGUGGAUAAAGCUCGACUAUCCACACUCCUGUCCAAAGAAGAAGAUGCCUGUGAUAAUCGAUCAGCUCCAGAUGAAUCAAACAGGAGCCAUGGCCACCACAAACCCUCUGGAGAACCUCCAAGUGGAAGCCAGCUGUUCUGUCUGUCUGGAGUACCUGAAAGACCCUGUGAUCAUCGAUUGCGGCCACAACUUCUGCCGGGUGUGCAUCACCCGCUGGUGGGAGGAUUUGAACCGAGACUUCCCUUGCCCUGUGUGCCGUAAGACUUUCCGCCACCGCUCUCUGAAGCCCAACCGGCAACUUGGCAACAUGGUCGAGAUUGCCAAGCAACUCCAGGUCACCAAUAAGCGCAAGAUACGGGAUGAGAACUUAUGCGAGAAGCAUAACGAAGUGCUUCGCCUCUUCUGCAAGGAAGACCAGGAGGCGGUUUGCUUAGCCUGCGAGAUCUCCCACCAACACCGUUCCCACACAGUCGUGUCCUUGGAUGAUGCCGCACAGGAAUACAAGGAAAAGAUGCAGAGAUGUUUGGGGCCAUUGGAAAAGAAAUUGCAAGAGAUCGCCCGCUGCAAAUCCCGAGAAGAAAAGAAGGCUGGGGAACUCAAGCGGAAGGUUGAGGACCGUCGUCACGUCAUUGUUCAUGAGUUUGAGGAGCUACACCUCUUUCUAGCCGACGAGCAGGACUUAAUAAUGCAAAGCCUAGAAAACGAGGAGAAGGAAAUCUUACAGAAGUUGAAAGAAAAUGUGACGGUGCUGUCAGAACAACGGAUUGCCCUCAACAGCCUUAUCACUGAAAUCGAGGAAAAAUGUUUGCAGUCAAGCAUGGACAUGCUCCAGGACGUGAGGAGCACAUUUGAGAGAUGUGAAGAGGCGCAAGCCCACAGGUCAAGUCAGGUCUCCAUUGAGCUGGAAAAAAAUUUCGACAAUUUCCCAAGACAAUACUUUGUCCUGCGCAAAAUUAUUAAGAGCCUCAAAGGAGAUUUGACCCUUGACCCGGAAACAGCUCACCCCAACUUAGUGCUCUCUGAGGACCGCAAGAGCGUCAAGUUCGUGGACCAGCGCCUGCGAGAUCUGCCCGAUAACCCAAAACGUUUUACAAUCUAUCCUUGUGUGCUAGCCACAGUAGGUUUUACUUCAGGCCGUCACUACUGGGAGGUAGAGGUGGGGGAAAAGACUCAUUGGGCCCUGGGGGUUUGUAAGAACUCAGUAAGCCGUAAGGGGGAGACCACCUCUCUCCCGGAGACUGGCUAUUGGCGGGUACGGCUACUCAAUGGAGACAAAUAUGCAGCUACCACAAACCCGUUCACUCCGCUGCACAUCACUGUCAAGCCUAAGCGAGUAGGCAUCUUCCUGGACUACGAGGCAGGCAAGCUCUCCUUCUACAAUGUGACGGACCGUUCCCAUAUGUAUACUUUCACCGACAUUUUCACCGAGAAACUUUGGCCUUUCUUCUACCCAGGAAUCCGGGCUGGGCGCAAGAACGCAGCCCCCUUAAUCCUCCGUCCGCCCACGGACUGGGAAUAAGGAAAUGACCAAACCCCCCACCCCCCAUCUUCCUUUGCUAUGCUUUAGCCCUUGAAUUACGUAGAGAGAGUUUUUCCAACUCGGCUUCUCUGUGGGAAAGAAAGCGGGCAUCAGUGGCCUGCCUACUAAGCAACGCCCAGAAGAAGCAAAGCAUCACAGGAGAGAAGGGUUUUCACACCUAGUGUUUAAUGUCAGGCUUUUAAGGCUAUUAACACUAGGAAAGGUUUGGAGAAGGCAAACCUUUGUUAAGGGGCCAACCAAGGCCUUGUCCCUUUCUGUAAUCUACAACUUCAGUUUCUGAAAUUUUGGAUUGCAGUUAAAUCUGGGGGAAGAAAACCCGUUAAGCUUAGUCUAGCGUUUGGCAAAGAGCCAUAUAGGAUUGCAUAGGCAGUGGGCAAAGGUAGCCGUUCUGUGCACUGUAGAGGGAGGGGAUCUCCCCUUGAAGGGGUUAUAAACAUGCUUAACGUUUGCUUGUAUAAAUGGUGGAAAUUAUCUCUCGACAGCCUGUUUUUACUGGCAGGUCGAGUGGAUGCAGGAUAGGAGGAAGCUAUAGUGCAUCGUGAGAAUGCUAUAAACCAAGGAAACUUAAGAAAAUCAUUCUUCCCCAAGCUGAUUCUUCAAAGCCACCAAUGAAUUGCCGAAGCUUCGUUGUUCACUUGUGGCUGCAAUCAAGUGGCAGAAGCCACCUCGGACAGAAAAAGUAUUGAAUCAAUCAUGAUAUUGAUUUAGCUACCGAAGGACUUGCUUUCUGGUGGUAUCGUUUGACGGUGUGUCUUACGAGUCGAAUGCAUUGCGAUUGCAUCAGAAGGGCUAGUGCACAACCUCUCCCAGCUCAUAGUUUUGGCCUGCAAUAUUUCAGCUACGUAACCUCAGUUGCAAGUAGACUCCCUCAGAGCUAAGUUGAGUGUUGGGCGUCUCACCUGGAUGGUGAGACAAAUAGUUUACAGCAUUUGCCUAGUCAGGGAAACUCCAAAUUCAAAAAGAAAAACAGGGAUCAGAAAUCAAAUACAGUCACUUUCAAUGGCAUUUGAAUGUCUUCCAAUACUUUGCCACAAAUAUAAUCUCCUGUCCUGUGCUUUCUUCAGUAUAAUCCCUAGCACCCAUUGACAGGUAUCGCUCAGCCAAAAUAGACACAGGAGGACAUUUUCAAUGUAAAACUUCCCACCGACCUUCUCCUCCCCCACUAAUCAAACACAUCUCUCUUCAGAUGGACAUUGGACAAAAGCCAAAAACUAUUUGCACAUUCAGAGUCCAGGUAAAUUGGGCUGACUGUGCAGUGAUGUGCCAUCACCAUGUUAGCUACAGGAUCCGUGCUGAUCACUCUCCAAAUAGUCUUUGCUAAUUUAUUGCCCUCUUAUGUUUGCUAGGGGACAGCUUAUAUGAUUCCCAUAUAUCAUGACCAAUGCUUGUACAUCAUGGAAACUUUAAUCCCAAUAUACCCAGCAGCAGCAGUGGAAAGGCUAUCUACUUUUGAAAGAAAAGCCUGUCUUGCUUUGUAUUAGUGUUUGGACAAAAAAUACAGAAGGGAAAAGAUAACAGCAAAUAUGUGGUUAAACCGGCAUGCAGAAUAAUAAAGUGGAAGAUAUUAUGUGCCUUUGUGUACGUAAUUCUCUUCCUUGCUCCUUUGACCAAAAAAACAAAAAGCACCCUAACAAAAAUAAUGCAGCCUCUUGAUAAAGGAACCUCAGCUGCCUUCAUUUUAGCCUCCAAGGUUUUGUUCUGGAAAUAUAUCCAAAUGAAAAAACUGAAGGGGAAAAAGCACAGAUCUCAAUCUUUACAAUUAUAUUUCUCUUUAAAGUUCUGCAUGAAAUUCUGAGUACUUUGUAUGUUUAAAAAAAAAAAAGACAUCUGUAGGAUAGAUACCAUCUUUAAAGCACUCCAUGGCUUAGGACCCGGGUACUUACGAGACCGCCUGCUGUUACCUUAUGCCUCCCAUCGACCCGUACGCUCCCACAGAGAGGGCUUUCUCAGGGUGCCGUCCGCCAAACAAUGUCGGCUGGCGGCCCCCAGGAGUAGGGCCUUCUCUGUGGGAGCACCGACGCUCUGGAACGAACUCCCCCCUGGCUUACGUCAAGUGCCUGAUCUUCGGACCUUUCGUCGUGAGCUAAAAACAUACUUAUUCAUUCAAGCAGGACUGGCAUAAAUAGUUGAUUUUAAAUUGGGGUUUUAGUAAUAUUUUAAAUUUUUAAAUCUUUUAAAUUACCGGCCGUUUAGUAAUAGUUUAUUUUAAUUUCUUUUAAUUGUAUAUAUUUUGUAUUUUAUUCCGGCUGUACACCGCCCUGAGUCCUUCGGGAGAAGGGCGGUAUAAACAUUUAAUAAAAUAAAAUAAAUAAAAAUAAAUAAACAGGGGUCUUCAACCUUGGCAACUUUAAGACUUGUGGACUUCAACUCACAGAGUUUCUCAGCCAGCAAAGCAAAGCCGGCUGAGGAACUCUGCGAGUUGACGUCCACAAGUCUUAAAGUUGCCAAGGUUGGAGAGCCCUGGGAUAGAAGGUGCUGAGUUGAGCAAGACCAGGUCCACCCUUCUUGCUUCUGGGAGAGUUGGUAUUGGCCUUUCUGAGCUUUUGCGGCAUAUGUGAGUUAAGUCUGAACCAGGGGUGAAAUGCUCCCGUUCGGACCGGAUCCCCUGAUCCAGUAGUGAUGGUGGCGGGUGGUUCGGAGAACCAGUAGCAAAAAUCCCUGCCCCCCCCCCA